AUGCAAUCACGUGUUUGUCACUUUCGCUUCCGAUGGGAUCCUUCGGGAGAUCCAUCCAAAAUUCGUAAUUUGGUGAUGCGGAGCCGCCAAUCCAGUCGGCGUCCAGGGCACGCGCACGAAAAGGGAUCGGCGAGAGUGACCCAAACGGCCGGAUUGUUUGCCAUGCGCGAUGCACUGGGUAUCUUGGCGCUAGCAUGGUGCAGCCGGAGUAGGAAUUCGUGCUCGUCGUCUAUUGCCGUCGGCUCCUUUGCGAGUCCCCUUUCUCCGCCUCCCGGGAGGAACCGAGCCACGCAGCGGCAACUAGUGGUGGCCCACCAGACCAAUUCCCAACAAUCUGUCGUUGGGGGUAGCACAAGAAAAUCACGCCGUGUUGUCGUCGUGGGUGGGGGAGUCGGUGGGUUGGCUACGGCGGCUCGUGUUGCGGUAGCUUCGCCGUCUACGGAAGUCAUCAUUUUGGAAAAGAACGACUUUGUUGGAGGCCGUUGUGGGUCAUUCAACGUCGAUGUGCCCGGAAAAGGAACAUUUCGUCACGAACGAGGACCCAGCCUGCUACUUUUGCCUCAUGUCUACCGGGAAAUUUUCGAAUAUUGUGGGAGUACACCGGAAGAGAAUGGGUUGGAAAUGAAACAAUGCACUCCGGCAUACCAGGUAGUCUUUUCGGACGGAGACUGUAUUCAACUGGGUUUUCCCCGCGCAUCAGACAAGGUUGAAAGAUCCGAAGAAGAAUUGAAGUCGCGGAGGAAAAUGGACACUUUUGAAAGGAAUGGAGCCGCAAAAUGGGAUGCCUACAUGAAGACCUGUGAAGCGUUCCUUGAUUGUGGGCUACCAAACUUUAUCGAGCAGCGUCUUGACAUGAAAAGUUUCCCUGCUUUUAUUCGAGAAGCACUCAGGGACUUUGGUAAAGGGUGGCCGUUAAAACCCCAUUCGGACGUUUUGGAUUCUUUCUUCGAGUCCGACAAGAUGCGUGCCAUGGCUUCCUUCCAAGAUUUGUACGUCGGGCUUGAGCCCUAUCGCAACAAUCAACUACUUGGGGGAGGCGUUCUGACUACUACUGCACCUGCCGUAUUUGGUCUUUUGGCUGCGAUUGAGCUGCAUCCCACGAAUGCAAAGUGUGGUGUGUAUGCUCCAAUCGGAGGCUUUCAGGCCGUUUCUUUGGCAUUGGAAAAGCUGGCAAGAUCGUGCGGAGUAAAGACUCUUACUGGUAGAGCUGUAUCUGAGGUAACCGACGAAGGGGUCUUCUAUGUAGAAACACAAGCAAAUGCUACAGAGACAAAGUUUCUUUCUGCUGACCUGGUGGUGGUCAAUGCGGAUUUCCCAUACGCAACGCAAAGUCUUAUUUCAAAAUCGGAAACCAGGUACAGCCCCCGGUUUGACUGGGACGACCGAUUUCUCUACAGCAGCGGCGUUAUUGCAUUUCAUUGGUCGGUCGGUAGAUCUCUGGAUGAUCUUUAUACGCACAACGUCUUCAUGGUGAGUGGUAGUCGCAAGAAGGUUGAAGAAAGCUGGAGUGUUCUGCGAGAUGCUAGUACAUCCUCCUUUGAUUUUGAGGAUGCCGAGUUUAACUUUUACGUUCAUCGACCAAUGGCGACAGAUUCCACGGCUGCUCCCCAGGGGCUCGAUGCGAUUCUGAUUCUCGUUCCAUGUCCAACACUUCUACGUGACCCUGCCAAUAUGCAUUUGAGUCGGGAUGAGUCGAUUGCAGCGUAUAAAAAUCAGAUUAGUGAAGGAAGUAUCAACAUUUUACGGCGCAAAGUCAUCCAACGCCUGACGGCAAUUCCUUCCUUGGCCACCUUUGGCUCGGACGAUAUUCUGGACGAGCACGUGGACACACCCGGCACGUACGCCGAUCGGUUUCAUUGUGGGGCAGGGUCCCCUUUCGCGCUAAGCCACGGAUUCAAACAACUCAGCCUCGCUAGACCUGGUCCUACGUCCCAGAAACACCAUAAGCUUAUCUUCACAGGAGCAAGUGUUCGACCGGGAAACGGGGUUCCUUUGGUGCUGAUUGGUGCCAAGGGGGCUGAAGAGGCCAUUUUGUCCAAGCUGAGGGAUACAUCAAAGGAUGUUCAGUGGGAAAGCAAAAAUGCCUGGUAGGAAAAACUAUUAUAUGAGCAGCCGUGUUUGGGCCACUAUCUUCUAGAUAAACCCGGCAAAUAGCUCUGAUGUAAA